AUGCGUCAAGAAGCACUUGUUAUGAAUAGUGGAAAACCUGGUUAUCUUCAAUUUAUUUCAGUUCAUAAUGGUAAAUUACUUUAUAAUUUGGAUAUUGUUGGAGAAAAUUAUGUUUCACCAAAUGAUAUAACAGACCAAUGUCUUUUUACAGAUAUUAAACGUUUAGCUAUUGAUCCAACAGAUACAUGGUUAGUUACUUUUGAAGAACGUUCAUCAAUAUCAAAUUUUGAUGAUCAUCAAAAUGAAAGAAAACUUAGAUUUUGGAUAUUUAAUCAAACAAAUAAUCAAUUUCAAUUAAAUACAACUAUUAUGUAUCCACAUGGACAAGAAACAUUAAAUGAAAUGUUAUUUCAUCCAACUAAACUUGAAUUAGCAACAACUGGAAAUGAUGGAUUUCUUAAAAUUUGGAAUUUUAUUCAAGAAAAUCCAAUAACAAAACGUGUAUCACAUUGGCGUUGUUUAUCUGGUCAUACAAAUCGUUCAUAUUCGAGUUCAGCAUUAUCUUAUUAUAAAUUAUCAUCAUCAAAUCAAAUAAAUUUAUGUUGUUCAUUUGAACAUUUAGUUAUUGAAUGGAUUAAUAAAACAAAUGAUUUAAAUGAAGAAUCUCGUUAUGAAUAUUCACGUUGUUUUGCUCAUUUUGAUCGAAAAAAUCCAGUUAAAUAUAUUUUAUAUUCAUCUGAUCAAAUUCUUGUUUGUCAUAAAACAUUAGUUAAUUUAUGGAAUUGUUCAAAUGGAUUAUUUAUUAAAUCAUUUUCAUGGCAUGUUCAUGCUUUUGCUCAAGAUCCAAGAUCAUCUUUUGUUGCGCUAUUUGAUAAAAGUUUUCUUCAUUUCUAUUCGUUUUCUGAUGGAAAAUGUCAUUCACGUAAAAGUUCAUUAUUUCGACGUGUAACAUCAGCUGCAUAUAUACAAAAUGAUAAAUCUUCUUCAUUUAUUCCUUUUCAACAUUCGAGAUUAAUUUUUUAUAUUCCACAAGAAGUAAGAGAAUUAGUUUUUUUAUUUUAUUUUAUUCGUUUAUAUAUAAUAAUUAAUAAUGAAAUAGAAUUUAUUUUAUUUCGUUUAAUUAAAUUAUUUUCUUAA